AUGCUUGUUCACCAACAACACCCGCCUCCGCUACCAACAUCGCCAUCGUUAGCUACCCCUGCAAAUUCAGAAUAUCUAGAAUACUCCUACAAUGCACACAUCUCAUCACCCGCAGCUGUUCAAAUACGAACCAAGCCGAUAGACAUUGACCCGCUGCCACCAAGGAAAAAGCUAGCAUUCUCUAUCCGGCCGGCCACAAUCGCUGACGCCCCAGCAAUUGCACGAUUGGGUGCCACCGUUUUUGCUACGACCUUUGGCUUCAGUAUUCCUACAAACGAUCUGAAGGCCUACCUGAACGAGGCGUAUAGCAUUGAGGCUAUUGAAGAGGACAUCCGGUGUGCGACGAAGCAUAUUCUCGUUACCUGUUUAGAGGACCAAACAGCCGACAAUGACGGGGCCAGCGGACAGGAAAUCAUCGGUUUCGCCCAACUCACAGAGGGCACUUCCGAACCCUGUAUUUCCGACGUCGAGUCUGUCGUCGAACUGCAGCGCUUGUACGUCUCGACAGCAUGCCACGGCCAUGGAGUUGGGAAGCUCUUGGCCAACCAAAUCGAGGGUGUGGCUCGGCGAUUAGGAUACAGGGCAAUGUGGCUGGGUGUCUGGGAAGGCAACUUUCGAGCGCAGAAGGUGUACGAGGGAUUGGGAUUCGUCAAAGUUGGCGACCAUGAGUUCAAGAUGGGCAAGUGUAUUCAGAUUGAUUGGAUCAUGCUGAAAGAUUUGUGA